GGAUCUUCGCUUCAACAGAAUCCGGGAGAUCCAGCCGGGGGCGUUCCGGCGGCUGAGGAACUUGAACACGCUGCUCCUCAACAACAACCAGGUGCAGAGGAUCCCCGGCGGGGCCUUCGAGGACCUGGAGAACCUCAAGUACCUCUAUUUGUACAAGAAUGAGAUCCAGGCAAUUGACAGGCAAGCGUUUAAGGGACUUUCCUCUCUAGAGCAACUAUACCUGCACUUCAACCAGAUAGAGACGCUGGACCUGGAGGCCUUCCAGCACCUGCCGAAGCUCGAGAGGCUGUUCCUGCACAACAACCGGAUCACACACCUGGUUCCCGGGACCUUCAGCGGCCUGGUGUCCAUGAAGAGACUCCGACUGGACUCCAACGCGCUGCACUGUGACUGUGGGAUCCUGUGGCUGGCAGACCUGCUGCGCACCUAUGCCCAGUCGGGCAACGCGCAGGCGGCCGCCACCUGCGAGUUCCCCAGACGCAUCCAAGGGCGCUCGGUGGCCACCAUCACCCCGGAGGAGCUGAACUGUGAGCGGCCGCGGAUCACGUCAGAGCCCCAGGACGCCGACGUGACCUCGGGCAACACCGUGUACUUCACCUGCCGAGCCGAGGGCAACCCCAAGCCCGAGAUCAUCUGGCUCCGAAACAAUAACGAGCUGAGCAUGAAGACAGAUUCCCGCUUAAACCUGUUGGACGACGGCACCCUGAUGAUCCAGAACACCCAGGAGACAGACCAGGGCGUCUACCAGUGCAUGGCCAAGAACGUGGCCGGGGAGGUGAAGACGCAGGAGGUGACCCUCAGGUACUUUGGGUCUCCAGCUCGACCCACUUUUGUAAUCCAGCCACAGAACACGGAGGUGCUGGUGGGCGAGAGCGUCACCCUGGAGUGCAGCGCCACGGGCCACCCUCCGCCCAGGAUCACCUGGACCCGCGGGGACCACACGCCCCUGCCCGCCGACCCGCGGGUGAACAUCACGCCCUCCGGUGGGCUCUACAUACAGAACGUGGUGCAGGCGGACAGCGGGGAGUACGCCUGCUUUGCGUCCAGCGGAGCUGAGAGCAUCCAGGCCACCGCCUUCAUCAUCGUCCAGGCUCUGCCGCAGUUCACCGUGACUCCCGAGGACAGAAUCGCCGUCGAGGGGCAGACGGUCGACUUCCAGUGUGAGGCCACGGGCUACCCGCAGCCAGUCAUCGCCUGGACCAAGGGAGGCAGCCAGCUCUCAGUGGACAGGCGGCACCUGGUCCUGUCGUCGGGGACGCUCCGGAUCUCUGGGGUGGCCCUGCACGACCAGGGCCAGUACGAGUGCCAGGCGGUCAACAUCAUCGGCUCCCAGAAGGUCGUGGCCCACCUGACCGUGCAGCCCAGAGUCACGCCUGUGUUCGCCAGCGUUCCCAGUGACCUCACGGUGGAGGUGGGCACCAACGUGCAGCUGCCAUGCAGCUCCCAAGGGGAGCCAGAGCCGGCCAUCACCUGGAACAAGGAUGGGGUCCAGGUGACGGAAAGCGGGAAAUUUCACAUCAGCCCCGAGGGAUUCCUGACCAUCAACGACGUGGGGACGGCGGACGCCGGCCGCUACGAGUGCGUGGCCCGCAACACCAUCGGCCACGCCUCGGUCAGCAUGGUGCUCAGCGUGAGCGUUCCCGAUGUCAGUCGCAACGGGGACCCCUUCGUGGCUACAUCAAUCGUGGAAGCCAUCGCCACCGUGGACAGAGCCAUCAACUCAACCCGCACACACCUGUUUGACAGCCGCCCUCGCUCUCCCAACGACCUGCUGGCCCUGUUCCGGUAUCCGCGGGACCCCUACACGGUGGAGGCCGCCCGGGCUGGGGAGAUAUUCGAGCGGACGCUGCAGCUCAUCCAGGACCACGUGCAGCACGGCCUGACGGUGGACCUCAAUGGGACAAGUUACCACUACAACGACCUGGUGUCCCCGCAGUACCUGAGCCUCAUCGCCAACCUGUCGGGCUGCACCGCCCACCGGCGCAUGAACAACUGCUCGGACAUGUGCUUCCACCAGAAGUACCGGACCCACGACGGCACCUGCAACAACCUGCAGCACCCCAUGUGGGGGGCCUCGCUCACCGCCUUCGAGCGCCUGCUGAAGGCCGUGUACGAGAACGGCUUCAACACCCCGCGGGGCAUCGACCCCCAGCGGCUGUACCACGGGCACGCGCUGCCCGCGCCCCGCCUGGUGUCCACCACGCUCAUCGGCACGGAGGCCGUCACCCCGGACGCCGAGUUCACGCACAUGCUCAUGCAGUGGGGCCAGUUCCUGGACCACGACCUGGACUCCACGGUGGUGGCCCUGAGCCAGGCCCGCUUCUCGGACGGGCAGCACUGCAGCUCGGCCUGCAGCAGCGACCCGCCCUGCUUCUCCGUCAUGAUCCCGCCCAGCGACCCGCGGGCCCGCGGCGGCGCCCGCUGCAUGUUCUUCGUGCGCUCCAGCCCCGUGUGCGGCAGCGGGAUGACCUCGCUGCUCAUGAACUCCGUGUACCCGCGGGAGCAGAUCAACCAGCUCACCUCCUACAUCGACGCCUCCAACGUGUACGGGAGCUCGGAGCACGAGGCCCGCAGCAUCCGGGACCUGGCCAGCCAGCGCGGCCUGCUGCGCCAGGGCAUCGUGCAGAGGUCCGGGAAGCCGCUGCUGCCCUUCGCCGCGGGGCCGCCCACGGAGUGCAUGCGGGACGAGAACGAGAGCCCCAUCCCCUGCUUCCUGGCCGGGGACCACCGCGCCAACGAGCAGCUGGGCCUGACCAGCAUGCACACGCUGUGGCUGCGCGAGCACAACCGCGUCGCCACGGAGCUGCUGCGCCUGAACCCGCACUGGGACGGCGACACCGUCUACCACGAGGCGCGCAAGCUCGUGGGGGCCGAGAUGCAGCACAUCACCUUCCGGCACUGGCUGCCCAAGGUGCUGGGGGAGGUGGGCAUGAAGAUGCUGGGCGAGUACCGCGGCUACGACCCCAGCGUCAAUGCCGGCGUCUUCAACGCGUUCGCCACGGCCGCCUUCAGGUUUGGCCACACGCUCAUCAACCCCGUGCUCUACCGGCUGGACGAGAACUUCGCGCCCAUCCCGCAGGGCCACCUCCCCCUGCACAAGGCCUUCUUCUCCCCGUUCCGCAUCGUCAACGAGGGCGGCAUCGACCCGCUGCUCCGCGGGCUGUUCGGCGUGGCCGGGAAGAUGCGCGUGCCGUCCCAGCUGCUCAACACGGAGCUCACCGAGCGGCUCUUCUCCAUGGCGCACACCGUGGCCCUCGACCUGGCCGCCAUCAACAUCCAGCGGGGCCGGGACCACGGCAUCCCGCCCUACCAUGACUACCGGGUCUACUGCAACCUCUCGGCGGCCCACACCUUCGAGGACCUGAAGAACGAGAUCAAAAACCCCGAGAUCCGGGAGAAGCUUCGAAGGCUCUACGGCUCCCCCCUCAACAUCGACCUCUUCCCAGCCCUCAUGGUGGAAGACUUGGUUCCUGGCAGCCGCCUGGGGCCCACCCUGAUGUGCCUGCUCAGCACCCAGUUCAAGCGGCUGCGAGACGGCGACAGGCUGUGGUACGAAAACCCAGGGGUGCUGACCCCUGCCCAGCUGACGCAGGUGAAGCAGACGUCCCUGGCCAGGAUCCUGUGCGACAACUCCGACAACAUCACUCGCGUGCAGACGGACGUGUUCCGGGUGGCGGAGUUCCCGCACGGCUACACCAGCUGCGAGGACAUCCCCAAGGUGGACCUCCGGGUGUGGCAGGACUGCUGUGAAGACUGCAGGACCAGGGGCCAGUUCAACGCGUUCUCCUAUCACUUCCGCGGCCGCCGGGCCCUGGACUUCAGCUACCAGGACGACGAGCCUUCACCGAGAGCCAGGCCACGGGGGACCCGCAGUGUGAAACAUGGCCAGCGCCAUGGCAACACCACGUCCGCCUCCUACGAGCACACCAAGGGACUGGGGACGAACGACUUCAAAGAAUUUGUCCUGGAAAUACAGAAGACCAUCACAGGCCUCAGGAACCAGAUAAAGAAGCUUGAGUCGCGGCUCAGCGCCACAGAGUGCGUGGACACCCACGGCGAAUCUCACACCAACGGCGCCAAGUGGAACAAAGACGCGUGCACCGCGUGCGAGUGCAGAGACGGGCAGGUGACCUGCUUCGUGGAAGCUUGCCCACCUGCCACCUGUGCAGCGCCUGUGAAAGUCAAAGACGCGUGUUGCCCGGUCUGCUCGGAGCAGACAGCCAAGGACGGGCCCUAGGCUCCGUCUGGGCUCCGCAGCUGGGCAGGGAGCUGCAGCCCCAUGGAGCCAUCCAGAACUCGACAUUUCAUGAGGACAUCCGGCUGGUGCUGCUUUGGAGAGCCAUGAGGGAGCGUGGGCCCAUCGUGCACGGAGGUGGGCGCAGCACACCAGCAGGGGGCAGGAGGCAGGCACGUGCCCUCGCACGUGGCCGGUUUCUCAGGUUCUUAUUUAAUUCUUUUAAAAGGAAAAAUUGGUGCUACUAUUAAAUUGCACAGUUAAGUCGUUUAGGCUCCUAAAUUGGUUUUUGCCUGCCGACACCAUUUCUUUUUAAACGAAGCGGGGUGGCCCCGGGGGUCAGCUGUGCCUGGCUCUGAGGCCACAGGUCCACAGAAAUCUGGGCUGCACCACACGCCAUGCCUAAAAGGAAAGCUGGUGUCUGGCAAACGGGACACAGUCUGUGAUGAGCGGCGGCCUCCACGGCCACCCAGCUCCCGGCCCCUCCCUGCUACCGGACCUCUCUCCCUCCUGCGUCAGCAUUCGGUCAUCGGGCGGCCCCUUGCACACCUGCUCCUAACCUUACUAAGCCACACCCGGACACAAUGGCUGUGACCCAGAUGGGAGCCCUUUGCCGCAUUCCAUCUGCCCACACCUACGGAGCAGCCGUCCACCGCGGAGCUAGGGCGGCUCCCCGGCUCCUUGUGACGGAGGCGUCUGAACGUUGGGACCUGCCGCUGUGUGGGUGUUUAAAACGACAAAUCCCUGGACCUCAACUGUGUUUCUUAAACGCACGAUGCACCUGUUGUUUAGGGUCAGAUACAGCAGAAACCUCACUUCUAUGCAAAGUAGUGUUAGAAUUCGGGGUAGAGCGGCUGUCGGACCUCACGUCUCAUCCGCUUGACCCAGAGCUUCCAUUUUGUCCUAAAUACAGUUGUGUUCAGAGAAAAGGCCCCUGGACACACACCUUCCAUUCCACACUGUUUACCCAAGCGCUGCUCUUGUGUGCACGGCCCUGUACAGCCGUCAGCACCCGCCAGAGCUGAUGGGGCCCAGCCAGGCAGAUGUCUGGAAUUGGUGGUGCACAGGGUCCGUGUCCUCUCCACGGGAGGCCCCGAGCCUUCAUGCACGAGACUGCCAAGGUGUAGGCCAAGUGCCAGCCGGGAGAAUGCCCACAAUGGGGUUGUAGGAUUUCACAUACAGAAUCCGUCAUCUUGCUUCACGUCUUCCCAUUACUAAGUGGCAAUCAAAGCUGGCUGGGGUUUCAUGUUACCUGGGGAUCCUUUUGAUGUAUCUGUACAGAUGUAGCCAUCAGGCCUUGGAACAGGUUUCUGAAACCAAGGGGUUUGGCAGCAGUGUAGGCUGCUCAGGCAUACACAUGGCAGCCGGUUCUGUAUCCUGGGGGUGUGCCAUGGUCUUGUCUUGGAGGCAUCGUGUACGUGGCACAGGGCAUGGCACAUCAGCACCUGUCAGGGGAGCCGACUGGGAUCUGCAGUCAAGUCCUGCCAAUCAAACCAAAACGUCCCUGGUGUCACCAGUCCGAUGUCGGUCUGUGAUAGCGACACAGCAGGCACGGCCUGAACAGACUGUCCCUGUAGCCGCCAAGUGAGGCUCGCUGGAACAGGAGGUGUAUAUAUAUUGGUUUACUUUCCUAUCUGUUGCUGAUGCCUUUUUUACGUUCAUUGUAUGCAGUACCUUACCAAAGAGAUGUUUGCACUGUGUAGCAGCGCCCUUCAGUUCAAAUAAACGGGCUGCGUUUUCAA